GCUACAAUGAGUACACACGGGGAUGAAAAAGACGCCGAGUCUGUACCUGGAGUCAACGAUGCUGUUGUCGUUGGUGAGACUGACGUCCGUAUCAAUGCCUCGGGUCACAAGGACCAACUAGCCCGGCAAUAUGGCCUUGUCGGUCUUACUGGCAUCGCAGUGACGGUCAACAACGCUUGGGUGGUUCUUGGAUCUUCCAUUUCCGUCUCAAUAUUGAAUGGUGGUCCUCCUGGAGUCAUCUACGGCCUCAUGGUCGCCCUGGCCUACUACACACUCAUCGGACUAAGCUUGGCCGAGCUUGCGUCUUCUUUCCCAACAUCCGGCGGCGUCUACCAUUGGGCUACCCUCGCCGCGGGCCCGAAAUGGGGACGAAUGGCCGGCUUCUUUGCAGGCUGGAUCAACUUUUACGGCUGGAUGUUUGGCCUGGCGUCGCUGGUCCAGAUAUCCGCCAACACGGCUGUGCAGCUGUAUGCGACCUACACCGACGACUACUCCCCGGAGGCAUGGCACAUUUACGUCACGUACCUGCUUGUGCUGUGGAUCAGCGCCUUGGCUAUUAUUCUGGCGAACCGACUGAUUCCGUACACACAAAACCUCGGAAUGCUUCUAGUCAUUGUCGGCGGCCUGGUGACAAUCAUCGUCAUUGCAGCCAUGCCCAAGCGCCACGCAUCCAACCAUUUCGUCUGGGGCUCGUUCGACGAGAACAACGUGACCGGGUGGAACGGAGGCGUCGCGUUCAUGACUGGAGUGUUGAACGGCGCAUUUACCAUUGGAACACCAGAUGCCAUCACGCACAUGGCGGAGGAAAUCACCAACCCCAAGCGAAACCUGCCCAAAGCCAUCUUCCUUCAGAUUGGCCUUGGCGGACUGUACGGCCUCGCGUUUGCCGUCGUUCUGGGCUACGCCAUUUCCGACCUGUCCGUCCUGCAGAGCGGCAUCAACACAUUCCCUCUGGCGGGCAUCUAUCACCAGGCCACCGGAAGCGCCGGGGCCACGUUUGCGCUGUUGUUCAUCAUCUUCAUGUCGUCGCUGUGCUGCGUGAUUGGAACCGUCCUGACAAACUCGCGGACAUAUUGGGCGCUCGCUCGAGACAAGGCCGUUCCGUUUUCUGGAAUAUUCGGCAGAGUAAACGAGUCGCUGAGUUGCCCGGUUGAGGCGACCUUGUUCGUGGCAGUUGUCGCCUCGGGCCUGGGUGCUAUUCCCAUCGGAAGUUCAGUCGGAUUCAGCAACCUCACAGGAUCCUUCAUCAUCAUCAGCACCGUCUCAUACGCCAUCCCGUUUGCUUGCAAUCUUCUCACCGGCCGCAAGCACUUCCCUCGAGGUCCUUUUCAUCUCGGCAACAUGGGCGUUGCCAUCAACGGACUCGCUGUCCUCUUCAUCAUCCUCUUUGACAUUUUCUUUUGCUUCCCCCUUGCUUUGCCGUUUGAUGCGACAACGAUGAAUUACAACUGCGUCAUUCUCUGUGGCGUGCUAUUCAUCACAGGUGUCUGGUGGUUGAUACAUGCCACCAAGCAUUACCCUGGUCCGGCAUUCAAUAUAACAAUUAUUCACGACGAAGGAUCGGGUGAACAGACACACUGACACUAACAGAC